ACCUAGUAGAUUGUAUUGACCUCAUCAUUUCGCGCCACUUUCAUAAUUCGAGGUGCUGUAGAAAUGGCUCCAAUUUCAGACGAUCCAGACAAUGUUUCUCAAGAUGAUGCCUCAAGCAGUUUGGCACAGAGACGAAGCAAACGGGCCGUCAGCAACAAGAAGAACAGUCGACUUGCUGCACUGGAACGACUGAAGGAAACAAAGAGAGGAUCAGGAUCCAAAUUCAAGUAUGAGCUGGAGGACAUGCAGAAUGUCUAUGAUGAGGUCGAUGAGGACGAAUAUUCCAAAGUUGUCCGAGAUCGUCAAGACGACGAUUGGAUUGUGGAUGAUGAUGGUGCAGGCUACGUGGAAGAUGGAAGGGAAAUAUUUGAUGAUGACCUGUAUGGAGAUGAUGAGAAAGCAGCUGGAAAAGGGAAGAAAGGAAAAGAAUCCACCGCUCCGAAAGAUUCAAAGAAACUGAAUGUGAAGAAGCCUUCAGUGUCCAAGUCACAUGACAUUAAGUCUAUGUUCAAGAUGGGUGCCUCCAAGCAGCGUAAGCCUGAGAAGGAGGUUAGCCUUGCUGAUGAUGAACUACUUGGAGACAUUCUCACUGAUCUUCAUAAUGAUAAGCAAGAUGUGUUCAAGCCCUUACCAAUCAAGAGAAAAGUGAGAACGUCAGGUUCAGGGCCAUCACCAUCCACCAAUCGUAACCCCUUUUCCAAAACACCCACCCGACCACACCCAAGUACAUCACAACCUAGAAGCGUGGACUAUGACAUGUCCUCACCAGCCAUCAUACCUAAACAGCGCCCCCAAGGCCGUCAGACCAUCGUCAAACGUGAAAUGGAUCCGGAGACUGAGGAACCAGCCAAGAGGCACAAAAGGUCAGAGGUCGUCAUCAAGGAGGAGCCCAAAGAUGAGAUUGAGGAGUUUUCAGAAAUGAGUGAAGAUCAAGGCCAUGGAUUUGAAAACAUGGAUUUUGACAACAAUGAAAUUGACAACUUCGACUCGGAGGAUAUUUCCCAAGCAACAGUGAAGGAGGAGUUAAACACAAGUCAAGAGCCAGAGGUUAAUGACAAAGGAAGAGCACAGAAACCAAAUGUGCAUCCUGACGUCUGCUCCAGCUCAGGCUGGGAAACAAUCAGAGAAGAAGCCGAGGACAAGGAUGAGGUUGCCGCGGAUAUCCAAGUUGAUUGCUCUUCGUUGCCCAUGACAACCAAUGACUCCGGUGACCAAGUGCUGCGAUUCUUUUGGAUGGAUGCCUACGAGGAUCCGUACCAUCAACCAGGUACCGUGUAUUUGUUUGGUCGAGUGUGGAUUGAGUCUGCAAAGACACACGUCAGCUGCUGCCUGUCUGUCAAGAACAUUGAGAGAGUUAUAUACCUGUUGCCAAGGGAAAGGAGGAUUAACAGCAAGACUGGACAGGAUACUGGGGAAGAAGUCAGCAUGGUGGACAUAUAUCAGGAGUUUGACAAGCUGGCUAACCAUUACAAGAUCAUGAAGUAUAGGUCCAAGAAAGUCACCAAGCAGUACUGUUUUGAGAAGGAUGGUAUUCCCUCUGAGUCGGAGUAUCAAGAAGUCAGAUAUGGGGCUGAGUUCCCCCAGCUUCCGAUUAAUGUGGAAGGAGAGACCUUCAGUUGUGCAUUUGGCACUAACACCUCCAGCUUGGAACAUUUACUAAUGGAGAGGAAGAUGAGGGGUCCAUGUUGGCUUGACAUCAAGAUGCCACAGGUUCCAUCGCAGCAAGUCAGUUGGUGUAAGAUUGAAGUUUUCAUCAAUAAACAGGAAAACAUCACCGUUGUCAAGGAUUUGCCCCCACCCCCACUGGUUGUCAUGACGAUUAGCUUGCGGACCUUGCUGAAUCAGACAACCCAUCAGAAUGAGGUCAUAGCAGUUGCUGCCCUUGUUCAUCACAAAUUCCCAAUGGAUAAAGCCCCACCCAGGCCCCCAUUCCAACAGCAUCUAUGUGCUAUUUCCAAACCAAGUGACUGUAUAUUUCCCUUUGACCUGAAGGACACAAUUAAGAAGCAGAACUCCAAGGUGGAAAUCAUGCCAACGGAGCGUGCUUUAUUGGGGUACUUUCUCGCAAAGAUUCACAAAAUUGACCCGGAUGUCAUUGUGGGGCAUGAUAUCUUUGGGUUUGACUUGGAUGUCCUGCUACAUAGAAUCAAUGCUAACAAGGUUCCUCAUUGGUCUCGUAUUGGACGGCUCAAGAGAACAAACAUGCCCAAAUUAACAGGUGGAUAUGGUGGAAAGGGCAGCACCUUCUCAGAGAAGAAUGCUACAUGUGGACGCAUGGUCAGUGACAUCAAGAUCUCAGCCAAGGAACUGAUCCGAUGCAAAAGCUAUGAUCUCUCAGAGCUCACCAAGCAGAUUCUGAAGAAAGAUAGACAACAGAUACCAUAUGAAGAAUUCAGGAACAUGUACAGCACAUCUCGCCACAUGAUGUAUUUCAUUGAGAACACCUGGAUGGACGCAUCACACAUCCUUGACAUCAUGUGUGAGUUGAAUGUGAUACCUCUAGCGCUGCAAAUCACCAACAUCUGUGGUAAUGUCAUGUCUCGUACUCUGAUGGGGGGACGAUCUGAGAGAAAUGAGUUCCUGCUACUUCAUGCCUUCUAUGAGAAGAACUUUAUCUGUCCAGACAAGGAAUAUAAGAAGAAAGCUGCUCCUGUGACUGUUCACGAUGAUGAAGGCAAUGAGGACGUAGAGAAGCCAGCCAGUUCAUCCAAGGCACGUCGCAAACCAGCCUAUGCAGGAGGCUUGGUACUGGAACCAAAACGAGGGUUCUACGACAAGUACAUUCUACUUCUGGACUUCAACAGCCUUUAUCCAUCCAUCAUACAAGAGUAUAACAUCUGCUUUACUACAAUCAGCCGCACACCAAGACCAGAGGAAACGGUGGAUGAUGAUUGGUUGCCGGAGGUGCCAGAUCGUUCCUUAGAGAUAGGAAUCCUACCAACAGAGAUACGAAAGCUUGUAGAGAGACGUAAACAAGUCAAGCAACUCAUGAAGCAACCAGACCUUAAUGCCGAUCUCAAACUCCAGUAUGAUAUUCGUCAGAAGGCUCUGAAGCUUACAGCCAACAGUAUGUACGGAUGUCUGGGUUUCUCCCAUUCUAGAUUCUAUGCCAAGCCGCUAGCAGCACUGGUUACAGGCAAGGGGCGAGAGAUUCUAAUGAACACCAAGGAGCUUGUUCAAAAGAUGAAUUUGGAUGUGAUAUAUGGAGACACAGAUUCCAUCAUGAUAAACACAAACACCAACGACUUGGAUCAGGUCAUGAAAGUCGGCAACAAGGUCAAGAAUGAAGUGAACAAGCUGUAUCGUCUGUUAGAGAUUGACAUAGAUGGCGUCUUCCAGUCAAUGCUGCUACUCAAAAAGAAGAAGUAUGCAGCGCUUUCCGUGGAACGUCAUUCUGAUGGAACGAUAACAACCAGUCAGGAAUUGAAGGGACUUGAUAUCGUACGCAGAGACUGGUGUGAUCUGGCCAAGGAGGCUGGAAACUAUGUGAUUGGUCAGAUCCUGUCAGCUGACCUGAGAGAGACCAUUGUUGAGAACAUCCAUUCCAAAUUGAUAGAAAUCGGGGAAAAAGUUGCCAAGAAUGAGGUGCCUCUCAAGAUGUAUGAAAUCAAUAAGAGCCUGACAAAAGCACCACAUGAUUACCCAGAUAAGAAGAGCUUACCUCACGUCCACGUAGCUCUCUGGCUGAAUAGCCAGGGAGGUAAGAAGGUUGGAGCAGGGGAUACCAUCUCCUAUGUAGUGUGUGAGGAUGGUUCUGUUCUGCCAGCCAGCCAGCGUGCAUACCAUCCAGGUGAAGUCCAGAAACAGGACCAUUUAAAGAUAGACACCAAGUACUACCUGUCACAGCAGGUGCAUCCAGUGGUCUCCAGACUGUGCGAUCCUAUUGAGGGUACUGAUGCUGCUCGUAUUGCUGAAUGCCUUGGAUUAGACCCUGCAGGUUACCGGCAUGCAGUGCGCCAGCAUGACGAUGAAGCAGACGCCAUGUUGGGUGGUGAUGCAGCAAUGGCUGACGAGGAGAAAUACAAAAAUGCUGACCGCUUCAAGUUUGCCUGUCCGAACACAAAGUGUGGCAGAGAGAAUAUCAUUGAUAGUGUCUUCACUGGCAGUGACAAGUUGAUAUCAUGCAGCCUCGCCCAGUGUAGUAACCCUGAAUGCAAGACUGUUCUUUCCAAUCACUGGUCUCUCAUGUGUAAUCGUCUGAAUCUGCUCAUCAGGGGAUAUAUACAGAAGUACUAUGCUGGGUGGAUGGUGUGUGAAGACACUUCCUGUGCACACAAGACCAGAAGAACUCCCCUGAAUCCUCAACGGCAAGGCUUUAUGUGCCCAGUAUGCCAAAGGGCUAUUCUGAAACCAGAGUACACAGACAAGGACCUGUAUUAUCAGAUGUCGUUCCUCCAGUCCAUCUUUGAUGUCGACAGAGCCAUGAAAAGACUCACAGAGAAUGAAAAGACUUUUGCCAAUAUGGCCCUCAGGGACCAUCUCGACAGCUACUCUCGUCUCAGGAACUUCAUGGACAAGAAACUCCGGCAGAAUAAGUACUCAGAGGUGGACCUAAGCAGACUGUUCUCAGGCAUGAGCACGUUGGUACUUGGCCACACCAUCAAGCGAGAGUAAAUGAGUCAGCAACGUUCAUUGAUGGCCCAUCUAAGUCUUGGAAAACAAACUUAGACCAGUGUAAGUCACAAGUGUGUCAGGUUAGGAGGGCAGUGAGUCAGGUACAGAGAGGAGGCUAGGCUGUGCAGAGCGCACAUCAUGAUAUUUAAUUGACUCAGAAUGGGUUGAAGUAUUUACAUGUUUCUCGUCUGCACAAUGAGCUGGAUUUAGCUUAUUCAUUGUCGCUACUAAUAAUAAUAACGGAGUCUUAUAUAGCGCACGUAUCUACUGACAAUUAGGUUCUCAAGGCGCUGGUAAUUAUGUCCAUUUUUAAAGACGGGUAAAUGAGGUAAAUGUGAAAUAUGAGACCCAUUAUGUCGCACCUUUUUACUAGGUGCUGUGGCAUAUUUUGCAGCCACUGCCAGAAACACGGGGCAAGCCCUUCACUUAGUGACAAGUGUCACUGGGUUCUUUAACAUGCUUACACAACGCACGGGACCUACAGCUCUACGGCCCAUCCAAAGGACGAAGCAGUAAUGGUAAAGUGCCUUGCUCAAGAGCACAUGCACCAUGUUCGCCAUUAGGACUUGAACCCAUGUACCACAACAAACACCAUAACCAUUGGGCCACAGCACCCCACUGGGUAAUCCUAUACAAUAGCAUUACAUGUCUCCCAUCACCAGUCCACAACCAGUGUCUCAAGUGACAGUAAGUCAGUCAGUGAGAUAGGUUGUAAGUCUUAAGAGGAUGCUAGGCUGGCACUCUGGGACCAGCACAAUUCCUGUCUGAAAUGAUUACUAUACUAGAAACGAUUGCUUUGUGUCGUAGCCUAGUUCCGUAUCACUCAUAUGAAGCGUUGACCAUACAUUCUGCAAUCCUGUUCUUUAUCAGUUUGAAUCAUCAUGUCUCAUUCAUGGCUUUGCAGGCUUAGUUAACCAGAAACACUUUUUACAUUUUGACCUGUUACAGUUAUAUUUAGGAAACUUUCUUCUUU